UUCUCUUUUGACAGAGCCACAAGAAAAGAAGAAGAGAGCUGCCGCAACAAGCGAAGCCAUGGCUAAUGACAAGAGUCCCCUGGGUCAGCUCAAAGACCUGGUGGAGCUGAAGGACCAGCUGGAGGACAUCCAGAGACGGAUGGAGGAUGAGAUACAAGCUGGAGUUCCUCCAGGAGGCAGUCUGCUCGCCUCUCCUUUCCUGAAGGGGUUCCUAGCUGGCUACGUCGUUGCACGGCUACGGUCUUCUGCACUGAUGGGUGUUGUCGUAGGAACAUGUACCGGAAUCUAUGCUGCACAGAAUUAUGCUGUUCCCAACAUUGAAAACACAAUCAAAGACUACAUCAACAACCUGAAAGGUGGGAGAAAAUGAGAAGAGCAGAAGAAAACUAAGACAACAGGAAAGGAGAUUGACAGAAGAGGGACCUCAGAGAAGAGAAUGCUGAUUAUUGCUGCAUACGGGAACAGACAUGUAUUUUAAAGAUAAAACAUUUUCAUAAAUUCUUGUCUUUCAACGUGGAUUGAUUAACUAAAAGAAGAUCUUACAGAAUUCAGUCAAAAUGGCGGCUGUUUAGUUUGUUUUUUUGUCUUGUUUGAGGAUAUUUGUGUGUAAAAUGGGCGACUGAACAACAUGCAGACACAUAAGAAGAUGCAUGUUAACAAUUCCCUCAUUUUAGUCAUACUCUAGACCCCCUUUUCUUUCAGUAUGAUCUAUGAUAGAUAUUAAGACCAACAGCCAUCAUUGAGUUUACCAUUGUAACUGUAAUAAUUGAUCUCUGACCUCCUAUCUUAUCCUGCCUGCCACUGUGUUGUGCUAUAAAGAUUGUUUGGUUCAUAACAACACACGUGUUUCUUCAGCUCUUCAGAUUAAUGGAGACUAUUUCUUUUCUCUGAGAUCAAUUUUUACACAGAAUGCUUUAGAGGCUGAAAGAAGUUCAUCUCACAACUUACCAGUUUCUAAAGUGAAACGUGAGCUUUAGAAAUGUAUUGUCUCCUUCCCUCUAGUGGUCGGAAAUCAUUUACAACAGCUGCAGUUAAUUUGUACUUACUUGCUCAGGGUUUGAUAGAGCAUGUAUAAAAUAUAUCACCUCACAUCCCAUGUUGCUUUUCAAGGUAAAACCUGUUGGACUUGUUUCUUGUUUGAAUAUGUCAAAGCAAAGUUUGUGGUGGUGUUUGUCUUUUUAAGCAUGGCACUCCCUGUGAUGAUUAUAGGUCAAUUUUUACUAACUUUAACAUUUCUUUGUUUUGUGUCCUAAACCCUGUAGCACUUUUACUUUUAAGGAGCUGUCAUUUUGGUAUAACCCACCUUACAAAGUCUUUCAGACCUCAAAUACACACCAAAGUUUAUUUUUUACAUUUAAGAAUAAAGUUUAAAUUG